UCAAUCUGCUUCUCUCUGAUGGCUUCUUGUCUCUUAACAAAAUCAAAAUUUUUCAUUUCUCACAAUCAAAACAUUUCCAAAAAAUUACCACUUGUUCAAAAUAAUAAAUCACCGUUUCCUCACCACCAUACCCCAUUAUCACAAUUUCCAAAACAUGUAAAUCAUAAUCAUUCUUCUAACAAUAUUAAUGUUUUAUAUCGUUAUUUCGGAUCCUUCUAUGUUCCCAAAAGACUGCAUUCUACCACUAGUCUUGAUCAGUUGCCUGAUGAAGCUCCAUCCCAGCAAGUCCUAGAUUUUCCAGGUGGAAAAGUCAACUUUACCCCGAAACUGACAUUUGUAUCCGGUUCUACUGACGAAAGGGUCCGUUGUUACCGCGUUCUCGAUGACAAUGGUCAAUUGUUGUCCAACAUCGAUUCACUUAACAUCAGUAAAGAAUUGGCUGUCAAGAUGUAUACCGACAUGCUAACACUUGAGGUUAUGGAUACAAUCUUCUACGAGGCGCAAAGACAAGGAAGGAUAUCGUUUUAUGCAACCACAACAGGGGAGGAAGCAAUCAAUAUUGCAUCUGCAGCCGCUCUUGAUAACGAUGAUUCUGUUUUUCCUCAGUACAGGGAGCCCGGGGUUCUACUUUGGAGAGGAUUUACUAUACAAGAGUUUGCAAAUCAGUUGCUCGGAAACAAAUAUGAUUAUGGUAAAGGAAGGCAGAUGCCUAUCCAUUAUGGAUCUAAAAAGCUCAAUUAUUUUACAGUGGCAUCAACAGUAGCAUCACAAAUCCCACAUGCAGUCGGUGCUGCAUAUUCUAUGAAGAUGGAAAAAAAAGGUUCAUGUGCAAUUACUUAUUUUGGUGAUGGUGGCACCAGUGAGGGAGAUUUCCAUGCUGCUUUGAACUUUGCUGCCGUUUUGGAAGUCCCAGUGAUUUUCUUCUGCCGAAACAAUGGAUGGGCCAUUAGCACACCAGUCCAUGAACAAUUUCGAAGUGAUGGUGUUGUCGUUAAAGGGAAGGCGUAUGGAAUUCCUAGUAUUAGAGUAGAUGGUAAUGAUGCUCUUGCUAUCUAUAAUGCUGUUUCUGAGGCGCGUAAAAUGGCUAUUAAAGACAACACACCUGUUUUAAUUGAGGCCCUCACAUAUAGAGCAGGACACCACACAACGUCAGAUGAUUCAACCAGGUACCGCCCAGUUGAUGAAAUAAAGUGGUGGCGAGGUGAUCAAAACCCUAUAAAGAGGUAUAGGAAAUGGAUUGAAGGCAAAGGCUGGUGGACUGCUGAGGCCGAUUCCAAACAUCAAAGCAGCAUAAGGAAACAGUUAGCACAAGCGAUUCAGGUUGCAGAAAAGAUAGAAAAGCCUCCAGUUGCAGAUAUGUUCACCGACGUUUACGAUAUCCCCUCUAAGAACCUAACCGAGCAAGAAGCUAUUCUAAGAAAAACUGUCAAGAAACAUGGACAAGAGUAUCCCUCCGAUGUUCCGUUGUAAAGAAAUCUUCAUCAUUUAUGCAUCACAAAAUAUAUGAUUGAAUGAAUUAGAUAAACUAUGGUAUUUGUCAA